UCUCCCACCUCGUCUCUUCAGCUCACUCUCCUUCUCGGCGAUCCCUCCGCCGCCGUUGCCGCCGCCGCCACAUCGUCUCGCCUUCCUCCACUUCCGGAGAAAACGAUGUUACUGGGGAAUCGUCCAAGGCCUCCGAUUCGGCGGACCACUAGCUCCACGGAGUUCCCGGCCGGCGUCCUCUUGGACAUCGAGCUCCCUCAGCUGUCGGAUCCGGAAAGAUCGAUAGGAGGCAAAGCCAUCGAUCCGCAUCUAGGAGUGAUGCAGGGAUCGAUCGCCGGAGUCGGGAUGGACUGGCGCGCGGCUAGGUUCAUGGGGUCCAUGCUCUCGCCCCGCGGCGGCGUGCAGAGGAGGGAGCUCUUCGUAUCGCCUGAGACGGCGGGAUUCUUGAUGGCCUGCAGGCUAUGCAACCGGCGACUAGGGCCCGGCAGGGAUGCCUUCAUGUACCGGGGUGAGAUUGCCUUUUGCAGCCUCGAAUGCCGUCAGCAGCACAUCAACUUAGAUGAGCAGAAAGAGAGAUGCCUCUUGAAUAGUAGUUGAAGAGGGACUGCUUCUUGCGCUGCUUUCAACCAAAUGGUUGUCAUCCAUGAAUUCUACUAUGUUUUUCAACUUCUCUUGGUGCCUAUGUGAAAGUAAUGUAUCUCCCUGUAAAUUAGUCUUUUAGAUUCUUUUGUUCCCUGUAAAUUAGUUCUCUUUGAAUGAAAUGGGGUGCUAUCACUCAACUUUAGAGCUGUCUAAGAUAAGUGAUCAUGACCCUUCGACUGUCCUCCAAAGUAAUUGAUUGAUGGAAUGUGCGUUGAUGCAA